UGUUGAAUUUGUUACUUAUCUGUGGCGAAAUUUUCCUAAAGAAUUUUUUGCAAUUUAUGAAUUUAUCAAGAAAAGUAAUUUAAAUAUUAUAAUUAAAUAACGAAAAGACAAAUACCGUGAAUACUAUUUAAAAAUAUACAUAGAAAGAUAAUCAAGAUCUCAUCAUGGGAGUACCAAAAUUUUUCCGCUAUAUAAGUGAACGCUAUCCCUGCCUUAGUGAAUUGGCUAGAGAGCAAUGUAUUCCUGAUUUUGAUAAUUUAUACUUGGAUAUGAAUGGCAUCAUUCAUAACUGUUCACAUCCAGACGAUUCUAACAUUCAUUUCAACAUUACAGAGGAGGAAAUGUUUAAGGACAUUUUUAAUUAUAUCGACAAGUUGUUCUUUUUAAUAAAGCCUCAAAAAUUAUUCUUUAUGGCAAUUGAUGGUGUUGCACCACGUGCUAAAAUGAAUCAACAACGUAGUCGCCGUUUCCGUUCAGCAAAGGAGGCAGAAACACUUGAAAAGUUAGCCAACAGCCGUGGUGAAGUCAGAGAACACGAACGUUUCGAUAGUAAUUGCAUUACUCCUGGUACGGAAUUCAUGGACCGCUUACAUGAGGGUUUGCGUUAUUUUAUUAAAAGUAAGAUUAGUGCUGAUCCUCUUUGGCAAAAGUGUCGUGUUAUACUCAGUGGGCAUAAUUCUCCCGGAGAAGGAGAACAUAAAAUUAUGGAUUAUAUACGCUAUUUAAAAUCUCAAAGUGAUUUCAAUCCAAACACUCGUCACUGCCUCUACGGUCUCGAUGCUGAUUUAAUUAUAUUGGGUCUUUGCACCCACGAACUUCAUUUUGUUGUGCUGCGCGAAGAAGUAAAAUUUGGCAAGAAAUCUAAGAAGGCAUCUGUUGAAGAGACGCGAUUUUUCUUGUUACAUUUGGGUUUGUUGCGUGAAUAUUUGGAACUGGAAUUUAAUGAUAUAAAACAAGAAGAUCCAAAUUUCGAUAUUGCCAAAUUAAUAGACGACUGGGUAUUGAUGGGAUUUUUAGUGGGAAAUGAUUUUAUACCACAUCUACCAUGUUUGCAUAUUUCAUCUAAUGCUUUGCCCUUGUUAUAUAAAACAUACAAAAAGGUUUACAGCAGCCUGGGUGGAAAUAUUAAUGAAAACGGCAAGCUUAAUUUGGAGCGUUUAGAAAAAUACUUUGCAGCUUUAGCCGAAGUUGAAUUUGAAAUAUUCCAAGAAAAUCAUGCUGAUCUCAAAUAUUUUGAAGCUAAACAAUCAAAGAAUGGCGUUGAUGAAGCUUUUGACUUUGAUGUGAGUGAAAUUAAUAAUGAAAAUACUGAUAACGAUUUGGCAGCUUUGAUUGAAAGCAGUAGACAGUUUCUUGAAGAUGACGAUGAAGAUUUGUCAGACAAUGAACAACACAUUAAUGAUGAAUUUGAUAAUUACAAACGAAAUUAUUAUAUGAAUAAAUUGAAUAAGGAUAAUUCCAAUAGUGAACACACAAGAGAACAGGCAAUUUGUUAUAUAACAGCGUUGCAAUGGAUAUUAGACUAUUAUUAUCGUGGUGUCCAAUCAUGGGAUUGGUAUUAUCCUCACCAUUACGCUCCCUUUAUAAGCGAUUUAAAAGGUUUCCAAGACUAUGAAAUUAAAUUUAAUAUGGGUAAACCGUUUUUACCCUUUCAACAGUUAUUGGCAGUGUUGCCAGCCGCUAGUAAGACUUUAUUGCCAGCUGCAUAUAGAGAUUUAAUGACCAGCGCUAGCAGUGAAUUGAUUGAUUAUUAUCCAGAAGAUUUCCAAACAGAUCUCAAUGGCAAGCAACAUGAAUGGGAGGCUGUUGUUCUUAUACCAUUUAUAGACGAAAAAAGAUUAUUAGAUGCCAUGGCAGCCUGCGAUCAAAAUUUGACUCCUAGCGAACGAAAACGUAAUCAACACGGGCCUAUGUUGCAGUACGAUUAUCAUCCUGAGUCUCAAGGACAAGUUCCUGGCAUUUAUUCUCUUAAAGCAUUAUAUAAUGUUUUUUGUACAGAAAAACCAUUUUGGUCCCAAGAUAUUUUAGUAUCUCCCCAAAAGACUGUCUGUGUCGAACUGCCUAAUGCCGCUCGCACAGUAUUUUUUCCAGGUUUUCCCACUAUGAAACAUUUAAAUUAUAAAUUUGAUAUCAAAAAUGCUCGUGUCAAAGUCUUUGACUAUCCCAGUCGUAAUGAAAACAUGAUUCUUCAACCGGAAAGUCGCAAAAAUAUGGACGAUAUUUAUACUGUGGCUGAGAAAUAUCUUAAUCAAGUAAUUUUUAUUGGCUGGCCUCACCUGGUUAAAGCUAAAGUUGUAGGAAUAUCAAAUAAAGAAAAAUACAUAGAUAUUGAUGGCAUUAAGGAUUUAGAACCAAAAAUAUUCAAUUUUCAUGUAAAAACAGCCCAAGAACAUAUAUCGACACGUAUGGGCAUAGAAUUUCCAGAUUAUUCCGUUAUGGUUCAUGUACGAACCUACAUAGGUUCUUCGUAUGUAUGUGGAAGCCAAGGAAAAGUUACCAUUAACGAAGUGUGGAGUCAAUCCACUACAGUCUAUCCUGCGCAGGGUGUUGUCUCGCAGAUUGCUGUUCACAAUUCCUUGACAAACCAACACAAGAAAAUUGAACAAUUGUUUCCCGAAAAUAGCAGAAUAUUUUUUGUGGGUAAUCCUUAUUUUGGCAGUGAAGGUGUAGUAAUGAAUCCCAUGUUGGUUUACGAAUGUGGCAGAUUAAAAGUCAAUAUUACCGUUUUACCGGAACCUGACUUUUCCGAAGCGAAAUAUGUACAAAAUCAGCUAGAAAGAGACUACAUUAAUUCGUAUGAAGCAGCUGCUCGAAUUGGUAUACAUGUAAAAACAUUGGCCCGCAUCACGGGUUCUUUGCUAGUAGUUAAAGGUGCCCGACGUUCUAAAGCAGAUCUUCCCGAAAAUUUGUCUAAAUUAAAUAUCGGUUUACAAUUUAAAUAUUUUAAACAACAAGAAGAACUGGCUGGAUAUGCUAGACGCGUUGAUAAUCAGUGGUUUCUAUCAUCUAAAGCUAUUAAUCUCAUACAAUUAUAUGUGGCAAGAUUUCCUGUUGUGAUCGAAUAUUUAAGUAAAGCCUCAGAUCGUGCAGAAUUGCUUUUCGAACAGGAUCUAUUUCCCGACGAUGUCGGCGAAAAGAAAGUUGAAGAAAUCGUGGCUUGGCUAAAGGAGCAAGAUCACAUUAAAGCUGAAAGGGUAGCUUGUGGAUCAAAGACUAUGGAAAAAGAAUCUGUAGAGAAAAUUUUAGAAGCCAUUGAGCAAUUAAAGACUCUACCGGUUAAAACUGUUAAACUUCAAGUGAAGCCCCAUCUGUUGCUUAAGCCAGACGUAAGUCUGCCGGAUGCAUACAAAGCUAAAAAAUCAAUAAAACUUUUUGAUCGGGUUGUUAUUGUUAAAACUACUUACAUGGUUCCUCUUGGUUAUAAAGGUACUGUUGUUGGAAUUUAUCCAGUAAGUGAUCCUAAUCCUGUGCGUUUGGAAUGUGUUAAGGCUGUGGACAAUUUCUAUGAAGUUCUCUUCGAUAAACACAUACCAAAUGGUAAUGAUAUUCAUGGCAUUGCCGCACAACGUGUAUACAAAGUACCAGAAUCUUCCGUCCUUUUAAUAUUUACUCAAGAAGACAAGAAUGUGUCUUCAAAAUCCUUUAGACAGAGUGAGGUUCCAAAUACAGCAAAUUCUGUCAACAGCAAUGAUUCAAUUGAUAAGAAAGCAGAUUCAAAUCAAAAAACUGAAGUUAUACAAAAAGGCAGUGAUGAUUUUUGGACGCCUGCUAUAAACACAAAACAAAAACAUACAAAUACAAUAAAAAUCAUGCAAAAUCCCAAUCAAACGCAAUCGACUUCAUCUAACAAUAACACUCUAUCACAACAACAGCAAAAUGCGGUCGCUGUUGAACCGCAGCAGUCUAAUAAUGAUGGUACUCAACUCUUGAAGUCGCUUUUGGGUUUAUCUGCUAGUCAAACUCAAAUAAUGCCCGGAACAUCUGUUGCAGCUAAACCACAAUUGCCACAACCUCCCACGAGUUGGCGUACCGAUGCUCAAAAAAUGCCACCAUUACAUAAUUACCCUCGCAUGCCUCUCCCGCAACAUCCCUUUAUGUCAUCGAAUGCACCAUUAGCUGUAAUCGGAGGCAAUGUUGUUCCAUUGCCCACUACUCAACAAAUGAUGCCGUAUUAUCAACAGCUACAAUUUCAACAAGGAAGUCAUACAGCUCAGCAAUCUCCUCAAUACCAACCACUGCCACAACAGCAGCAGCAACAAAAUUUGAAAAUGUCACAAGACAAAAUAUUCAAUUUAAAUAGUUUAAAUCAAAAGGGUGCAUUUAUACCGCUACAAGUUUCUCGCGGAGCUAAUAGUUUCUCAAACAACACCCAAGCAGCUGGCACUUCUGCGAAUAACCAAAAUGUUUUAACAUCAAAUCAAGAUGUUAUUGUUCAAAAUCUGAAUAAACUGUCUUUGAACAACGAUGGAAAUAAUGUUAAGCAACAAAGUGCUGAUAUUAAGCCUUCUUAUGGACGCAAGAAACCGCCACGUAUUCCUAAAAUUGGAGCUAGAUUUGAUAAGGCACAAUAAAAAUGAAAUGGAUUCAAUUAAAAUCAUCAUCAUUAUUGUUUUCGACGUUAGUAAUAAAAAGUUUAAUUU